ACCGGCCGUUUGAUCAUGAGCGAGAAAAAACCACCCAAACGGAGGAAAAUCCGUGUUGUGAAGAAAAAGUCCUCCAAUAUUGCUGAUCGCUCAACGAACCCGGAGGAUGAAGAUGAUGGGGAUUUUGAACCAACAUCCAGCCGACGGUUCGACAAAUCGUUGACCAUGUUGACGCGCAGCGUCGUCAAGAUGCUGCGGGAAACACCGGACGGUGUGCUGUAUCUGCGUGAUGUUUCAUCGACGCUGUCCAACCGUCAGAAGCGACGCAUUUACGACGUAACGAACGUGCUGGAAGGGAUCGGGCUUGUAAAAAAACAAGUUAAAAACCACAUCAAAUGGAUCGGCGAAGAACCGACGACACAAUCAUGCCUCGGUACGGCACGCCAGAUCGGGGUCAACAUGCGAGUGCGCCGGAAUCUGGAGCUACGUGAAGCGUACAUCGACAGCCAGAUAAAAGCCAUCAGCAAAAGCACCCAGAUGCUGCUGGCGGAUAGUGCGAUGCGAUCGUACCUGUACAUGACGAGCGACGAUCUAACGUCCGUGUUUGGCGAUAACCGUAUACUGCUCGUGCUAAGUGAAGAUGAUGAACUAGAACGGCGCAGACAACCCAUGUACCUAGGGAACUAUGCACCACCACCAGGACCCAUACCUUGCACCAGCAACAGCAGCAUUGCCCUGCCAUAUGGUGGAAACACACGCCAAGUUUGGGUAAAAUCACGACCAAACGGACCACCGUUAUCGUUGAUGGUACUAAAGGAACCGGCCGGAUCGUGCUUUACGCGACCAAGCCGAAGGCCAGCCGUUCUUCGUGCCGGUGCCGAACCGCGGUACGUGAAGCUGGAAGAGGAGGAUGACCACCUAGAAAGUACCGUACCGGAGCAGCGAUCCCUUUCGUCCCGGGAGUUGGAUGAUUCGGACGAGGAAGAAGAGUACACAAAGACACAGCAGCGGGAACGACUCGCGCGGAUACUGCUGGACAGCAGCGGGGACGAUGUGCACCACAGCAUGUACCGGCCGCACGGUUGGCGGAACCGAAAGAGAGAAACGCGCGGACUGCUCAUACCGUUCAUAAUGAUCAAACCGCGGUAUUACGGAAGCUUCACGUUUUCGUUACUUCCGCACGAAGGUGUGUUCGACCUGUUCGGGUACCCAACGGUCAGCAGUAACCAAAGAGCGAUGAGCGAUGAACGAAGCCAACCGGUGUAA